AUGAAGUAUACUCUCGUAGUGAUUCUAGUGGUGUUUACAACACAAGUAACAUCAAAGGUUCCAAACUUAUACAAACCUUCAGAAAAACAACUCCGAAUCGUAUUUCCUGACGAAUACGACGUUAUUAAACUUACGAAACCUAGAACAGAGAAAAUUAAGGAUACACCAACAAGUUGUAAAAAUAAAACGUGUAGUUUAGAAGAAAUAUACGACAUCUUUGGAAUUGAUCCGACUCCGAUAGAAAUCACUUUAAAAUUGAAAAAAUCAGAAGACCGAAUAGCGUUGGCUGGCGACGAAUGCGCCGCAGGUUCUGUAAAAGUCAAGGGAAUAUGCAUUGAAGAGGAUUAA